CUUCAUCAAAACUUUUAAACUAUCAUGUCUACUAUUCGUGUGUCUGUUGCUCAAGUGGGUACACCCAAGUUUGAAUUGGAACCUACCAUGGCGAAACUGGAAUCUUAUGUCAAACAAGCUCGUGAACAAAACAGUCGCUUAGUUGUCUUUCCUGAAGCCUUCAUUGGUGGAUACCCUAAGCAUAGUACCUUUGGUAUGGUGAUUGGAGCAAGAUCCCCGGAAGGUCGGCAAGAGUAUGCUAGGUAUCACAAAGGUGCUAUUGUUGUUCCUGGUCCUGUUACUGAUCGACUGGUGACUUUAUCCAAAGAAAAUGAUAUCUUUCUUGUGGUGGGUGUCAUUGAACGUGAAGAAUUGACAGGCUCUUUGUAUUGUACUGUUGUGUAUAUUGAUCCUGAUCAAGGAUAUGUUGGCAAACAUAGAAAAUUGAUGCCCACAAGUACGGAACGAACGAUCUGGAGUGGAAUUGCUGAUGGUUCAACUUUACCAGUGGUGGCAAAUCGAGAUGGACAUCGUAUCUCUGCUGUGAUCUGUUGGGAAAACUACAUGCCAUUAUUGCGUAGUUUUAUGUAUAGUCAAGGAGUACAGUUGUAUUGUGCACCUACGGUGGAUCAUCGUGAUGUUUGGCAAUCAACUAUGCAACAUGUUGCUUUGGAAGGUCGAUGCUUUGUUCUUAGUGCCUGUCAAUUCACACGUCAAAAGGAUUAUCCCGAAGGUCAUGCUGGAAACGAUUUGGAUGGUGGUGAUCCUGAAGCUCCUCGCUCACUUGGUGGUAGUGUGAUCAUCUCCCCUCUUGGUACCAUCUUGGCCGGUCCUCUCCGUGGUGACGAAGGUUUGCUCACUGCUGAUCUUGAUAUGGAAGAAAUCAUUCAAAGUAAAUUGGAUCUGGAUCCUGCUGGUCAUUACACUCGUCCUGAUGUCUUCAAAUUGAUCGUCAAUCAAACUUCCAACUCGUCUGCUUAGAUUAUUUUUUUUUAUUAUUUUAUUUGCUGAUCAUGUUGAUGUAAUUAUAUGAACCCAUUAGUAAUAAAAUGUAUUUUGAUGUUGAA